GCCGUGAGUCGGUUGGUCUAUUUCCAAUUGCUUCAUCGUCGGUCUUUUCUCAAACUUCUGAGCUUGCACUCCUCACACUCAAGGGCAUUUAGUGCCGCAUUUUCCCCUAAUUUCUCUUUCAGUGAACACAGCCCUGGACAAGUCUGGUACUUGAAUUGAGCUGGGCUCGACGAGACACGGUCAUCUGAGACGAAUCAUCACCUUGGUGCCAUCAAAUUCAUCCAUCUGCCCAUCUUUCAACAUGCCCGACGAUCAAGUAUCCCAGCAAAAUGGCGCAACCGAUACCGACAAUGCCGUAGGCAAGUCUCCCGCAGAAGAGACUAAAGCCCCUGCGGAGGAGACUGUUGCUCCAGUGGAGCCUCAACCCUUCUCAUGGCUCCAACCCCAUCCGCUGUUCGUUAUCGCACUAGUCGGCCCCGAAGAGACGCCUUUCGGCAUUCAAAAGGACUUUUUGUGCUUCAAGUCGGCCUACUACAGGAAAUAUUUCGCCGAGACUCCCAACGAGGGCCUCGAGAACCUCGUGAGACUGCCCGACACGCCCGUCGAGGUCUUUGCCUAUGCCCAGAACUUCAUGUACACGGGGCAGGUCUUCCCAAGUCUCGACAAUCUUCCGAGUUACGAGGUUCUCAUCGGCGUCUGGAAGCUGGGCCACGAACUGGGCAUCGAAGGGCUCUGCGACGCCACGCUCGAGGCCAUGGCCGAGUGCCGACGCGUCACUCAGCACAUCCCCGCCACUCCGCUCCUUGUCCAGGUCUGGAAGGACACUCCCGAGGGAUCCUCCAUCCGCAAGCUGCUCCUCUCAUGGGCGGCCGAGUACAUGAGAUCGAGCGAGUCCCGAGCCGAGUUUGCCCGGUCGCUCCCCCAGGAGGUGCUGAGCGAGCUGGUGGUGACCAUGAGCUCCUUGGACGAAUCGCCGCCCCAGGUUGAUGCUGCCGGUUCGGCAUCCGCGCCCGGCGCGCAGCGUCGCUCGGCGCCACAUGAAGCAGACGAGGCCGAAGGGCGGCCGUCCAAAAAGCGGUGCGCGUCGGAUGCCGAGGCCAACGGUACUUCUUCGGUUACCCCUUCUUCCGGUGCUCAGGCCCCCGGCCGGAAACAAGGAGGCCCGAGGGCGUCACUCCCGGGAGCCAAGCCGGGUCCCAAACCCGGCUCCAAGCGCCGCUCGAGCGCAGCCGUUAACGGAGGCCAGCAAUUCUCCUCCAACCAGAAGCUCAACUUUUGCGCCGACCUCCUCUCGAGGAUGCUUUCCGGGCCAGGCUUCUGGACGCGAGUCGUGGGGCCGUUCAAAGACCCCGUCGACCCAGAACGCGACGGCGUGCCCGACUACUUCGACGUGAUCAAGAAGCCGAUGGACCUGACGACGAUGAAGGGCAAGAUGGACCGGCACGAGUACAAGGACGAGAACGAGUUCCUGGCCGACAUGAACCAGAUCUUCACCAACUGCUACACGUACUGGCGCGAGCAGGACCCCAUGUGGGCGGCCUGUGAGAAGCUGCAGAAGUCGUUUGAGGACAAAUAUGCGCAGAUGAAUAAGUGGAUCGCCAAGAUGGAGGGGGAAGAGGGACACUAGUCGAGAUCGUUGAUUGGGGAGGUGGACGACGUUGAUGGCAGGGGAAAUCUCCUGUUGGGAUAGGUUUGUUUUUAUCCUCGUGCUCCUUGAGCUGGAAGGAAUUAUCUUCCAUGUCUGAAAAGGGGGACUUGAGCUCUCGAUGUUGGUGUGAUUAAGGACGGGGGAAAAGCAACGGCAAGACAGAUUGUAGUAUCACCAGUUGUAUAAUUAGCUUAGUCGUCCUGAUAAUAAUACCCUCCAGCUUUUUUAUUCAUGCACUUG